ACUCAGUCGCGCGAUAAAGCCCACUAAUGAGACCAAGCCAUAUGCUGCCGGAAUGCACCUGGGCGGAAUGCACCUGGGUGAUGGAGGGGGGACCCUAGUGAAUCAGCCCCUUCCACAAUCACCAUAGCAAAGGUAUAAGAAGGUCCCAUCUUCCCUCCGUUGUUACCAACUCUUCUUCUCAUCAACACUCCAUCUAUCAAACAAACCCACUUGAACUUUCUCCCCAGAAACCCCUCAUCUUCGCCGUCACUAUGAGUUUUCACUUGAGUGCCUCUGAAGUCCGCAUUGAUGAUAACCACAUCUUGGUUGCCGUCCUCAGAAACGAGGAAGGUAACGAGAUUGAAUCCAGACUGGAUUUGAACGAGUACCUCGGAAACAAUGAAGGCCGCUUUGAAUGGGGCGGAAACGGUUUUUCCGAGACUGCUCGCCAGGUAUCCUUCUCCAUUGAGGGUGGUGGUGAGGUUCCAGUGCUGCGCGCGGAGCUUGCCAACUCGGAGGGCGAGUACUUCCCCGCCGACGUCAACCUGUCCGAGCACAUCGAGAACGACAACGGCAACUUGGUUUACCAGUAGGCGGUUACAUAUCUGCCACAGUGUUUUGACUCCAAAGAGUCACAGCUAUAGUGGGGAAACUGC